GCGGGCGGGCGGCCGGCAGGCGGGGACAGGGGCCCGCGGCGGGGAGUGCCGGAGCGCCGGCGGCGACGACGGUAGCAGCGGCUGGGCAGCCUCAGUGCGUGGGUCCGCGGCGGCUCGGGGUCCGCCCGCGGGCUGCGGUGCGAGCGGGCGGCCCGGCUCCCCUCCUCCCCCGCCCGCCGCCGCCGCCGCUGCCGCCGCUCUGAUUGGGUGGAAGAUGGCGUUGGGCGGAUGGAAAUCCUAAUGACAGUCUCCAAAUUCGCCUCCAUCUGUACCAUGAUUGUGAAGGCCUUAAGGGGGAGGACCAUCAUUUAUUUCUGCAGUUUGGCGGAGCACUAACUGCUGCAUACAAUAAAACAGUUUCCCAGAGCCCUUCAUUUCUCUUACUGGUCUGGGGGAAGUGAGUCAUGGAUGAGAUUGGAGGGCGCCAAUGCCUCGGCAUUAGAGAAAGAGAUUGGUCCAGAACAGUUCCCAGUCAACGAGCACUAUUUUGGAUUAGUCAAUUUUGGGAAUACCUGCUACUGUAAUUCAGUUCUUCAAGCACUUUAUUUUUGUCGUCCAUUUCGGGAAAAAGUUCUAGCGUACAAGAGUCAACCUAGGAAGAAGGAGAACCUUCUUACAUGCUUAGCAGACCUCUUCCAUAGCAUAGCCACUCAGAAGAAAAAGGUUGGAGUAAUACCUCCUAAGAAGUUCAUUACGAGAUUACGGAAAGAAAAUGAGCUUUUUGACAACUACAUGCAGCAAGAUGCCCAUGAAUUCUUAAAUUAUCUACUAAAUACAAUUGCUGAUAUUUUACAAGAAGAGAGAAAGCAGGAAAAGCAAAAUGGCCGUCUACCCAAUGGCAACAUUGACAGUGAGAAUAACAAUGGCACUCCAGACCCGACAUGGGUUCAUGAGAUUUUUCAGGGAACAUUAACUAAUGAAACCAGAUGUCUUACUUGUGAAACUAUAAGCAGCAAAGAUGAAGAUUUUUUAGACCUUUCUGUUGAUGUGGAACAAAACACAUCAAUUACUCACUGCUUAAGGGGUUUUAGCAACACAGAAACGCUGUGCAGUGAAUACAAAUAUUACUGUGAAGAAUGUCGCAGCAAACAGGAAGCACACAAGCGGAUGAAAGUUAAAAAACUGCCUAUGAUUCUAGCUCUACACCUGAAAAGAUUCAAAUAUAUGGAUCAACUUCAUCGAUACACAAAACUUUCUUACCGGGUAGUUUUUCCUUUAGAACUCCGUCUCUUUAACACUUCAGGCGACGCGACCAAUCCUGACAGAAUGUACGACCUCGUGGCCGUGGUGGUUCACUGUGGAAGUGGUCCCAAUCGAGGCCAUUAUAUUGCAAUAGUUAAGAGUCAUGAUUUUUGGUUGUUGUUUGAUGACGACAUUGUAGAAAAAAUAGAUGCACAAGCUAUUGAAGAAUUCUACGGGUUGACGUCAGAUAUCUCAAAGAACUCUGAGUCUGGUUACAUCCUUUUCUAUCAGUCUCGGGACUGAAGGGAACCGUGAUGAAGAGAUACUUUCUGCCUCAUUUCUUCUCUGGUUAUUUUGGAAAGGAUCAAGCACUGAUUUUUCAAGAAAAGAGAAAUGCAGGAAGCUCAGGGGGCAGUAGCACACUUUGCACACAAUCAAGCAAAGACUUUGGAUUCACAAGCUCUUCCUGUCAUGGUAGUUGAUUGAUUUGCUCAGGUAUCAUGCUGCCUUUGCAGUUCCAUACAACAUGGAAGUGAUACCAGAGAUACCAGCUCCUCUUGUAAAACAGCCUUCCAGUAAUUGACAUGCAUUUUCUCUUUAUUAAUUGCACCAAUCAUGAUUGGAACUCCUUGGGGUGCAGUAGAAAGAAUAGGGAUUUGUGCUAGGUUGUACUGAUAAUUUAAGGAGAUAAUGUCGAACACACUGCGUAUGUUUGCCUGUGUUGAAUAUGUAUAGAAAGAGUAUUUGGUGGUCUUUUGAAGCAUAAACCAGAAAUACAUUUGGGCCCAACACUUGCAGUUGCCUUCCUGAUGUAAAAAAACCCUAACAGAUAACUAGUAUCCAGUGUCAGGAAGACAAAUAUGUUUUGCUUCUCUGAAGAAGCUUAUAAUAAUAUACAGUAUAUGUAUAUGUAGGGAACAACUGGUCAAAAGUGGCUUUUUGUUUUCCCAAGGGGAAUGACUGGCUUUGUAAUUAUAAUUUUUUUCCUUAUUUAUUUUACUUAAAACUGGUGGAGUCUAAGUAUUGUAUGAAGUGCCCAUUCAUUAUUCUGUCAGUAAAUUUGAGCAUAUUUUUAUUAGUUUUUGUCAUUUGAACUAGUCCUUUUGUUCGUUUCCAUUUUUAAGGUGAAUUUUUAACUCUAUUUUAAAUUGUAAGAUAUUUUAAGAAAAACUGCAAUGAAAGGAGGUAAAUAUUCUUUUUCAGGAGGAACUGAUAUCUCUGGCUAAAUAGUUGUCCUUUUGUUAUAGUUUAUAAGUCAGUUAUUUUAUUCAGCUUUAAUUUCAGUAAAGUAAAAAACUAUAGAAAGAGUCCCGAUAGUUGUUGAAAUGGUGAAAGGGUUGGGUGCAGUCAUGGUGGUACACCAGUUUGUGGAAUUCUGAAAUACUCUAAUGAUUCAGUUGAGGCCGCAUUUGGAAAAUUCAUGUCAUAACAGUUCGUUGCUUUCAAACGUCAUUCUUUUCCCUGGAAAGAAGUAAUCCAUCAUAACCCCAGCAGAGUGCGUAGCUAGCUGUAAAAAGAAAACCCUUUGAAGAUUACAUUUUAAUGAAGUAGACCAGGAAUGCACGAAGCAGGUCCUUGUAUUUUCUCCUCACCUUUACAAAUCUUACUGGAAGUGUGUUCAGAAAUUAAACCUUGUGUUUGGUCAGACUUCAUUCUGUUGGGAGUUUUCAGAAGUAAUAUAUCUAAUGUAAAAAGGUCUGUAAACCAUCGCAGCUGCAGCUUUUCCAUGCAUCAGUAAGUUGUCUGACAGUGGCUGAAUGUAACUUGCAGAAAAUAAUUGACUGUAUAUUCAAAAUAAUAGCAAUCAGGCCUUGGACGUUCUUUAUGAAAGUCUUUUCAGGAAGAGAUUUUUUUUUUUUAAAUUGCUGUAAUUUUCUAAACUUACUAAUACUGUUGAAUAUGAAAAACAACAAAAAUGUUUUUAUCUGCUGCUAUUAUUAACGUUUAUUAUCUGUAUCUUUUAGCUCAGGAAAUGACUUCACCUAUUCAUUCUGUGAACAGAUCUUUAACAGGGUCACUUAGCUGAUCGGGCUCUUUAAACAGAUGUGCUGGAGAAAAUUAUGACCUAUUUUGACAAAUUGCUCUUUAAGAUAUAAUUUCUAAUGCCUUAUUCUGGCCAGAAGGGUUUCCUAUAAAUUGUGUAGCCUGCCUGAUCUACCAGCAUUGCACAGAGAAUCACAACCAAGAAUGUAGCAAGGCCAUAGCAGUGGAAGUGGAUAAAUUUUUUUUGAGGGCUGAAACCAAAUUGUCUUGGAAUUUAAAGCUGUGUUUCUGCAGCGUUCAGUAUAGAGAAGAGGAAUAAAAUGAAGCUGAAUCAGUUUUUGCUUGAGUUAGGCCACAGCAUGUGUAAGAGAGCUAGAUGAAGUCAUUUGCAUAAAAGUACAGCAUUGGAAUACUAUAUUGUGUUUGUUUUUACAUUUUCAUUUUAAAAACACAUACAGUAAAAGCCAAGGUUCAAUUUCAUAUUGAAGCAACUCACAGCAUUUCUGUUAAGGUCCAUGCUAGUCACACACUGUUCACAUCUGCACCAGAUUUAAUGGUAGGAUUCUUCAGGGGAGGGACUGUGGUGAUGGUUCUCAGAUUAUUUUUUACUCUUAGUGCAGCUGCAUCUACAUAAAAUGUUUUAAAGCUUAUCAGAAACUCACUAUACUUUAAAAACACAUAGGGUUAGUGUUGGGGAAAAAGUGCAGAGAGAGUGACAAAGGUGACCGGUACAGAAAGCACCAUAAGGUUGUCUGUUACAGGUUGACUGUGAUUGAAAUGAGGGGGGGUUUCAGUUGUAAAUGGUGGCCGAUUGCUGUCUAUGUAUAUGUUUGUUGGGAUGGCUGUCCCAUAUUUUGUAUAUUGGAAUAAAAAUUUCUAUAAAUUAUCGUAACUGAAAGUAAAUAUUCUAAAUUAAGUUUCACUUCCAAGUCCCAUGGCUUCUGUCUUAGAAAAUUCCUUUAGAAGAUUGCUUGAGACAGGAGCCAUGAGACUUUAGGGAAAGGAAAAAAAAGGAAAUGUGUAAUAUAUGGGUCUUGUUGCUCUAACCAUCAGUAUAGGGUUUUUUUCUUUCCUUGAUGGCAGUAGAAAGACCUCACUUUCAUAACAUACUACUCUUGACACUUUCUUUAAAGAUACUCUUCAUUCAAGAUUCUCUCAUGAGGUAUUCAACUGGGAGCUGGGAGGCUAAGGCGCUCAGGUUCUGGCUCUUCAGUGAAUUUAACUGUGUGACCUUGGGCAAGUCACCUAACCUCUCUGUGCUUCAGUCUCCCUAUCUUGUAAAAUGGGAGUAAUACCUACCUCACAGGGUUGUUGUGGGGAUUAAUUAGAUAUAACAUGUGUAAAGCAUCUAAAGUUCUUGAAGAAGGCGCUAUAUGAAUACAAAAUAAUAUCUAUUAAAGUUGGUUUAUUUGUG